AUGGCGACGCGCGACUACGUAGACCCCGAGACACAAGUCGCAUCGGAAGAAUCACCCCUUUUACAAAAUACUUCACCUCAGCAAGAUGGACCGUCAAAGGCAUUUCGACGACGCGCCUUGGUAAGCCAAUUCAUCAUGACUCCGCCUACCAAAAAGAUUAUCGAGGAUAUUAUCUGUCGCCAACAUUAUCCGGACCAUGAUAUCAAGUCUUACUGGGUAGAGGAUGCACGCUGCAAGGAUAGCCCCGUGCAAAAGACUCUGGCUAUGGUCCAGGGUUGGGCGCAGGCGUUUGAGAUGGGAGUUCCAAUCUUGACGCAGUUUCCAUAUGGUAUUGUAGCUGACAAGUAUGGAAGACGGCUUGUCUUGUUCUUGGCAAUGCUUGGAUGCUGUCUUUCCACCUUUUGGGUCAUGAUAGUUUGCGAUAGUGUCUUCUUCCUCAUCGGCGGUGGAGGUCAGAUGGCUGUUGCAAUGGUCUACACCAUCGUAGCCGACGUUGUGCCCGUUGCCGAACGAACAGACAUGUUCUUCCGUCUAGUCGCCCUCGUUCUAGUCUUCAACGUCAUCUUCAACCCCAUCUCUGCAUGGCUUCUUGAAUACGACCCUUGGCUGUCCAUGUGGAUAGGGUUUGGCUUCAUGGUCUUUGGAACGCUGUGUAUUCUCCUCAUCCCUGAGACGAUGCACCUGAGACGCAAGGAUGACGAUGAGAGACACGACGAAAAUGAGCAGGCUGAUGGCGAGAGGAAGGGUGUUUUGAAGCAGGCUUGGUUCAGCAUCAAGAACGACAUGCAGCAUGUGUGGAGGUUCAUCUUUGCUUCCAAGAGUAUCAUGAUGCUCAUGUUUUCUGUUGCGUUGUUUGUUCCGACGAGGAUAACACUUACGGGAGUGAUGCUGCAGUACAUGUCGAAGCGGUUCGACUGGUCAUGGUCAAAGGCUACAUAUAUAUCAACAAUCGGCAUUAUUGCGACAGUUGUUUGCUAUCUCAUCAUCCUACCAGUCACAUCAGAGUCUCUCAACAAGUCUCCUCGCUACAAGUCACGCCCUAUCGCAAGAGACCUUUUGCUUGCCCGUGUCACCAUCGCAAUCAUGACGGUCGGAUUAAUGAUAAUGGGCGUAGCUGGAAGUCCAUGGUUGUUUAUCAUUUCUCUCAUCAUAGUCAGCGUCGGCAAUUCGUUUGUUGCGCUCAGCAGAGCUUUGCUCAAUGCUCUAGUUGAGCCGCAUACCAUCGCCACGCUAAACACUACUGUUUCGCUUGUUGAAGUGAUGAUGGGUAUGACUGCGCCAGCUAUGAGCUGGCUCUUGGCCAAGGGCAUCGAAAUGGGCGAUGCAUGGAUGGGAUUGCCAUUUGUUAUUACUGGCGUGUUGGCUGUGAUGACAACUGUUAUGCUUUUUGCUGUGAGGCUUCCUUCGUCUGGCAUUGCUCAAGCUCAUGUUGGAUGA